AUGCUUAAACGAAGAAACAGAGCCGUUUUUGGAGUAAGUUGGGUGAUUGGGCUGUGCCUGUUCAUUUUAAACGUCCCCCGAGUUAUUUCAGAGAGCGAAUAUGAAUAUCUAGCAAAAUAUACACCAUCCUUAGAUAAUCUAGUCGACCACGGUUUUAUUUGGGCCAAAGAAACACAGCAGCAACAUAAAGGCAAUCGAAAGUUUAAUAAGGCAAAAGAUGAGAAGUUUCUAACCUCGGAGUUUUACAAACAGCUGGGCUUUGAGAUCAAGGAUUUAGACAGAGUUAAAAAAGCAGCUGCGCGGCUAAACAUUCUAUUCAAGUCCGAUCCCACCGGUAUAAUUACCCACACCAUCUGUCCAGACGAUCUAAUGGAUAUUGUUCUACUAUAUGCUGUUUUAAACCAAUCGACAGGCUCUUGUUAUAGCGAGAAAGCCUGCAUCCCGGAGCAGCACAACCUCUUUGUUCAAAACUUGGCGUGGCACAUACACAGCUAUGUAACCACUCCAGCGGAUAUCGAUGAACUCGAACUGGCUUUUUUGGACAAAGAGCGAUAUGCCCAACUGACUGGUGAGAUAGACAGUGACAGCACUAAAGGAGAGAAAGAUGAAAGUAAGAAUUUCAGGUCCGGGCCAAAGUCUACCCUUACUCACAACCAUCAGAUACACAGUCUCCUGAACAGCACACCUUUAAUAGAUUACAUCCAUCCGCUCAACACAGCUAUUUAUCUUGAGGGCUUUAACUAUACUUACAGCGACGAACCCAGGGAAUUCAAUGUGUGCAGAAACACCGAUAAGGAGGCUUUUAAGCAUCAAACUAACCGGAUACAUCCAGUUGCCCGUUUUACCUUUGAGAGUGCCGUGGCUCUGAGGCACGCCCCGGCAAACACAGAUACUAUAAAGGUUAAUGACGUGAAGCGUAAAGACCUCAUGAAUGUGCUAAGAAAGUACCAGUGUUCUAAAAAGGGCAGUAAGAAGUCAAAAGCACGCAAAGACCAGCAAAAGUCAGAAGAAGGGAGCGAUAAUAGGGGAGAGUCAAUUUUAGACAGAUUGUUAACCAGUCCCAUAAUUACUACUCUUUCAGUUGGAGUGUCUCUGGCAUCUGUUCAGUUUCUAGCGGCCUUGCUCGGCAUUCUAUUGGCAACACACGAUAUGGCUGUUUGGAUACUCCCCAUCAGCAUAUUAGUCUGCGGGCUAGUGAGUUCUCUUCUACUUCUCUUCUUGAACAAACCAGCACAUGCAUCUUUCAAACCAAUGCGUGCAUGGGAAUAUUGGCUUGGCAUUGUCUUUACUCUGCUUUUGAUUUUGGCGACCACGGCCCUCUUCGCCCUCAACAAUCACCAGCUAACUGGCUACCACGAGACCGAUGGGUUGGUUUUAUUCAAGGUUACUGUGCUGGGUGUUACCUUCGCAUUAGCAGCAGUCGUCACUUUGGGUUUCCUUAUCAUCCAAGGACUGUACAAGCGACGCCUACCAAGAAUUACGCAAUGUCUCAGCUGGGCUCUUUACGUGUUUUCGUUCCUAUUGGCCAUUCUUGUGCCAGGCCUCGUUAUCUUUAAGCUACCAUCGGCUGCCCAUAUACUGCUAAGUUCUCAUAUUUUAGUGGUGUCGGCUAUGCUUUUUGGUCUUGGAUCCCUUAUUGAUAUCUUUGGUCUUCGGUUCCGCAAGGAUUCAAUGACAGGCCCAGCCCAAAAUAACCACGGCGCAAGGCUGGCCAAAAUCAAAUUAAUCUGCAUGUUUGUUGGGCUGGUUAUAGCAGUUGGAUUUUCUAUUUGGGCGAACAGCAAUCAGAACUUGUUAGCUGAAGGUAUAAAAGACCCCAAGCCGAUCGACUCAAUUUUAACAUGGUUUUCCUAA